ACCAUCAACAUACUUUUCUCCUUCAAAUUUCCCAUCUCCAUCUCCAUCUCCAAUCGGAGCAAUCCCAAACCCCCCACAGUCAUCAUCGGCCAAAAAAAAUCCAUGGAAGAAGUUUGGAAAGACAUCACCCUAGCUUCACUCGACCACCCCACCACCUCCGUUGCCGCUACCGUUAACAAUCCCGAUCUUUCUAACAUGAUCCUUCAGGACUUCCUCGGCUCCAGACCCUUCAGCAAAGACUCCGCAACGAGAGGUGGUUCCGGUGACACUUCCCUGGUGCCGCCUCCUCCUCCUGCCACAGUGUUGAGCUUGAACUCAGCCUCAGAUAUUCACUGCAUUGAUAUUGGCGAUCCCGCGAGACAAAACCCACCAGUUAACGGCGGCGCUUCGUUUUUCGACGCUCUGGGUUCUCCUACCGUCUUCCCUCCAUUCUGCAAGAAAAGGCCUCAGGAAUUUAAUGAUGCUUUCCACGAUCGGAGACAUAAACGCAUGAUGAAGAACAGAGAAUCUGCUGCUCGUUCCAGGGCCAGAAAACAGGCUUACACAAACGAAUUGGAACUUGAAAUUGCUCAUUUACAGGAAGAAAAUGCCAGGUUGAGAAGGCAGCUAGAGAAGUUUUUAGUCGCUCCUGCUCAGCUUCCUAAAAAGCAUACUCUACAAAGAUCCUUAACAGCCCCAUAUUGAGAAGUAAGAAUGCAACUAUUUUCUUUUUGCUUUUGUUUUUUUCCGUCCUUUUGUCUUUUUUCCCUUAAAAAAAGAUGGUCCUUCUGGGCAUAUUCAACUUCAAAAAAGAGAUAACUCUUUCUGGGAUUAAGGUGUAGCCUACUGUUUUUAUGAAAUGCAUCAUACUUAUCUCUCAAAAAUGGGUUGUUAAGAGAAAAAAAAAUGAACUAAAGAGGAGAAACAAAAGAAGUUUUGGGGGUUGAAAGCUGCGGGACUUAAGGAAAGGUAUAGAUUACUUUUUAUAUUUAUUCCUUGAAAGCUUGUUCUUUCGUGUUAUUGUUGCCUUUUUUCGCUACCAAUGAGGAGGGGGAUGUUUGGGAGAAAGAUAAUUGUUGCUUAAAGAGAAAUAACAUUUUCUUUUUUUUGUUUGUUUUGCUUGGCUAAUAAUGGGAGAUGAGCAAUAUAAAAGAUGGGACAUGUUUGGUUAUCAAUAUCAAUAUCUAUUUAUUAUUUUAUCUUUGUCUGCUCUUGAUCUUUUUAAUUUCCACUCUUUUUUUUCCUCAAAUCACCUUAUGGCAUCUAGCUUUUCUGGGUCUUUUCCUGGGUUUUUUUCGUUUCUCUUUUAUCGUUUGUGUGAGCAAUUAUAUUGGCCAUAUAUACUGCUCCUUUGUCCAAAAUACAUUUCAAAUCCAAAA